UUAAACUUGUUGUGUACUACCCAUUUCCUCUGAAACCAUUCAUCUCAAGAUCAUUCUAUCUGUUAUUACCAGCUACCACAGCCAUGUCAUAUACAAGACUACGCAAAGAAGAGCACGAUGGCUUUGACACAGAAAGGUCACAGCCGCACACCAAGCCUCCCUCGAAGACUUCCAAAACAACGAUUAUCUCACUUCUGGCAAUAACCAUCUCCCUGACGACAUGUAUUUUUGUGUUCGUGAACAAUAUUCAACAGCAUCCCUCUGUGGAAUCGCCCUCUCCACCCCAAAUGAACUAUCAAUGCGGCACUUCCGCCGCAGAAGCAAAAGCUCGGGGCUGUCGCUUCGAUAUCAUGUCCUUCUCCUGGCUUCCCCCAGUCUGCGAUGACAAAGAGGUGACUGAAAUGUUCCUGGAAGCGGGUAACUGGACCUGGUCUCGCGAUCCGCAAGGAAAACACGUCAUAUCACAGGAGGAUGUCGGUACGGGCGACUUUGAGUACCUGUUUACCAACUACAGAUACCAUCUCACGCACUGUGUGUACAUCUGGCAAAAGUUCCACCGGGCCCUGUUUACGGGUGAUCUCAGCCGGAUUGAUGGGUAUUCAGCUGGCAUUGGGCAUACAGAGCACUGUUCAAAAAUGCUUCUGGAUCGGAGUCUAAGCCUGGAUCACUGGGGGAUUGUGGCAACAACGAAAUUUCCAUCCUGUGGGCAGGGAAUGUUGGACAAGACGCAGCAGGGGUGGUUCCGGAUUCGUCAGGACGAGAAGGUAUUUGGGGGGGAUGCAGUGAGGGACGCGCAUGGGGAUUUUUUACAGGGGUUGCAUGAUGGACACCAAAUUUGAAAGUGUCGGUCUUUGCUGUUUUGAGUGUUUGUGUUGCAUGUAGUGUUUUCAAAUACAUAAAAAUCGCACCGAAGGUCACAAUCUUUUGAAGAAGCGGAGUAUUAGAAGAG